ACCUUGGGGCUUUUUUUUUUUUCCCCUCCUCCCUCCCCGUCGUCGUCCUUCCUCCCUCCCCCGUGGACCCCCGGAGGUCGGCGGGCCGGUGGGGGUCGAUCGGAGGGGUCCCGGGGGCCGCCGGCGGGCCGGGCCAUGGCGCCUCAGAAGCACGGCGGUGGGGGAGGGGGCGGCUCGGGGCCCAGCGCGGGGGCCGGGGGCGGCGGCGCCGCCGCUCCUUUCGGGGCUUCGGCGGGCGGCAAAUCGGCCGUCGUCGUCGUCGUCGGGACCGGCGGCGGCGGCGGCGGCGGCGGCGGCUACUCGGCCUCGUCCUCCUCCUCCGCGGCGGCCGCCGGGCUGCCCGUGAAGAAGCCGAAAAUGGAGCAGCUGCAGGCGGACCACGAGCUCUUCCUCCAGGCCUUCGAGAAACCAACACAGAUCUAUAGAUUUCUUCGAACUCGAAAUCUCAUAGCACCGAUAUUUUUGCACAGAACUCUUACUUACAUGUCCCACAGAAACUCCCGAACAAACAUCAAAAGGAAAACAUUCAAAGUUGAUGACAUGUUAUCAAAAGUAGAGAAAAUGAAAGGAGAGCAAGAGUCUCACAGCCUGUCAACUCAUCUGCAGCUUACAUUCACGGGCUUCUUCCAUAAAAAUGAUAAACCAUCACAAAACUCAGAGAAUGAACAGAAUUCUGUUACUUUGGAAGUUCUACUUGUGAAAGUCUGCCACAAGAAACGAAAGGAUGUAAGCUGUCCUAUUAGGCAGGUUCCGACAGGUAAAAAGCAGGUGCCUUUGAAUCCAGACCUCAACCAAACAAAGCCUGGCAAUUUCCCAUCCCUUGCCGUUUCCAGUAAUGAGUUUGAACCUAGCAACAGCCAUAUGGUGAAGUCUUACUCCUUGCUAUUCCGAGUGACCCGCCCAGGAAGAAGAGAGUUUAAUGGCAUGAUUAAUGGAGAGACUAAUGAAAAUAUUGAUGUCAAUGAGGAGCUUCCCACCAGAAGAAAACGAAAUUCUUCAAAUCGUGAAGAUGGAGAAAAGACUUUUGUAGCACAGAUGACUGUGUUUGAUAAAAACAGGCGCUUGCAGCUUCUAGAUGGAGAAUAUGAAGUAGCAAUGCAGGAAAUGGAAGAAUGUCCAAUAAGUAAAAAGAGAGCAACGUGGGAAACAAUUCUUGAUGGAAAGAGGCUGCCUCCGUUUGAAACGUUUUCUCAGGGACCUACACUGCAGUUUACUCUCCACUGGACAGGAGACACUAAUGACAAGUCUACAGCUCCUAUAGCCAAGCCUCUUGCAACUAGAAAUUCAGAGAGCCUCCCUCAAGAAAAUAAACCUGGUUCAGUUAAACCCACUCAGACUAUAGCUGUGAAAGAAUCUCUAUCUUCAGAUCUACAAACAAGAAAAGAAAAAGAUACUUUAAAUGAACCCCGGCAAAAAUUACGAAUAUUUUACCAGUUCCUUUAUAACAACAACACAAGGCAGCAGACUGAAGCCAGAGAUGACUUGCAUUGCCCUUGGUGCACGCUGAACUGUCGCAAACUUUAUAGUUUACUCAAACAUCUUAAACUCUGUCAUAGCAGAUUUAUCUUCAAUUAUGUAUAUCACCCCAAAGGGGCUAGGAUAGAUGUUUCUAUCAAUGAGUGCUACGAUGGCUCCUACGCAGGAAACCCUCAAGAUAUCCAUCGCCAGCCUGGAUUUGCUUUCAGUCGCAAUGGGCCCGUCAAGAGAACACCCAUCACCCACAUUCUCGUUUGCAGGCCAAAGCGCACGAAAGCAAGUAUGUCCGAAUUCCUCGAAUCUGAAGAUGGGGAAGUAGAACAGCAGAGAACAUAUAGCAGCGGACACAAUCGGCUCUAUUUCCACAGCGAUACCUGCUUACCUCUCCGCCCGCAGGAAAUGGAAGUGGACAGUGAGGAUGAAAAGGAUCCUGAAUGGCUGAGAGAAAAAACUAUUACUCAAAUUGAAGAAUUUUCAGAUGUCAACGAGGGAGAAAAAGAAGUUAUGAAACUGUGGAAUCUUCAUGUUAUGAAGCACGGGUUUAUUGCCGACAAUCAAAUGAAUCAUGCAUGUAUGCUGUUUGUUGAAAAUUAUGGACAGAAAAUAAUCAAGAAGAAUCUGUGUCGAAACUUCAUGCUUCAUCUGGUCAGCAUGCAUGACUUUAACCUCAUUAGCAUAAUGUCAAUAGACAAAGCUGUCACCAAGCUUCGGGAAAUGCAGCAAAAAUUAGAAAAAGGAGAGUCUACGACCCCACCAAAUGAGGAGUUUUCUGAAGAGCCAAACGGGACAACAAAUGGAUAUAGUGAAAUUAACACACGAGAAAAAAUUUCAGAAACAGAUAGUGUCUCAGGGGUCACAAAACAGAGUAAAAAACAAAAGCUUUGAAAGAAAAGGCUAACUCAUGUUAUGGACAAACACUGAAAUGACAUUCUAUAGGGAGCAUGAUCCCUAGAAAGAACUUUCAAAACUGUUUUUUGUCUUCUUUCUCUCUCUCUCUUUUUUUUUUUUUUUUAAAUCACAGGUUCCAAACAGGCACACGUAAGUGAAGUAAAUGAUUUCAACAAAGGUAGUGCGACAGGGUUUUUUUCCGCCUUAUGCAAGUCCAUCACCUGUGUCCGUUUUAGUGAGGUUAUUUGUUGUCUUGAGUUUGAGCAUGAAGAGCAAUACUUCCUAAAAACUUUUUAAUAAUUUUUAGCAGUUAAGAGAUUAUGAAAUAUAUCGAACAUAUGUAAAACUUACAUAUAUUUAAAUUAUGCCCACUUUUGCAUAUGACUGUCUGUUGAUGUAACUGUGGUAAAUUUUGUGGGGGAGGCUUGGAAAAUUGAAAUAGAAUUCACUAAAAAGAGAGACGUCCGAUUAGAUUUUAGUGAAGUGUGUGAUUAUUUACAGUUGAUCCUCGCUUUUGAAAUCCUGCUAUUAGGCUAAUGUGUUAAAACAAAAAUUUGAUCACUGUUAGAGCUAAAAAGAAUUUUAACACCUUGAAAAUGUAAAGCUAGCACUUCUUUUGCUGUGUGCCUCUUUGGAACGACCUCAGUUUUUUCAUAUUGAUGACAGUGAGCUGCCAUAUUGGUUUUUGAAGGUUAUUGGCCAUUUUUUUGUGUGUGGAUAAUUUUGAUGUAUUGCUCACCCGGUGUGUUUUUAAACUUGAACACUUAGCUCUUCUGUUUCCCAUUCAAACUUAAUAACUAUACUGAGAAUCCAGGCGUCCACCCUUUCUUUGAGGACUGGGUCAGCGUACCAAGUGACAGAUGUAGCUUGGGCUUUUCAGAUGCCACUUUAGGGGCCGGGGGGGGGGAAGGGAUGGGAAAAGGCACUGUCAGGUUGAGCCUGAACAAUACGUUGUACACAAAAUAGAAAGUACAGAUUAAAAGCUCUUUUAAAUCUUCCAGAGUACCUUUGUGCUGUAGUUGAAAAGGUCUUGUGCACACAAUAAUGCAGUUGAAUUUUCUCCAGGAGUUUAAAGUGACUUCACUCCUGGCACAGUAUCUGCACCAAUGAAUUUUUAAUCCCAAGCACUGCGGCUGAGCGACAUCACCUCAGUUUUUUUUUAAAGUAUCCUAAAGAUAUUGCCUUUUCAUAUUCUUUAUUUAUAAAGGAACAAUGCUGCUGUAAAUAAAGGUAUUUUUAAUUUUUUUAUUUCAUUCCAUCACCAUCAGAUGCAGGUCCCUAUUUUGUUAAAAUAAGGGAUAGGUAAGCUUUCUAAUGGUGUCUUCAGAAAUUUAUAAAAUGUAAAUACUGAUUCGAUUGGUCUUUAAAAUGUGUUUAACUGUGAGACUAUUUAACUAAUGGUGUGGAUGUGAUUCGUCAUCCAGUAUUAAGUUCUUAGUCACUGAUUUUUUUUGUGUAAAAAUAGGAAAGAGGGAAACUGCAGCUUUUAAUACAGACUCCUUGAUUUGCCAGCACCCCGGUGAGUUCUAGUAAACUCUUAAGAAUGCCUCCAGAUCGUAGAACAAGCAUUUCUCUCUGGCUUUAAUUUGCUAAAGCUGUGCACAUAUGUAAAAAAAAAAAAUAGAUUAUUUUAGGGGAUAUGUAGUUCUAGAAUUAUUGCUUAUGUCAUUUCUUAAGCAGUUAUGCUCUUAAUGCUUAAAAGAAGGCUAGCAUCGUUUGCACAAAAAGUUGGUGAUCCCCCUCAAAAAAUAGUAAUGAAAUUACUUCUGUUGAGUAAACUUUGUCAUCUUAUAAUUAAAGCUGAAAAAAUCCCUUUGUUUCUAUUUAUAAAAAGAUGCCUUUUCUAUAUGUACCCUUGAUGAAAGAUUUUGAAGAAAUCAUGUAAACUGGUAAGCAUUUAAAUGGUGCAGUAGGUGUAAAGAAACAGUUCAGUUGUUUAAAUGAUACGGUGUUUUUACAUUAAAUGUUUAUUUGGAAAGCAAAUGAUUUUGUACAUAAAGUUCCAUAAUAUAAAACUUGUAUCAUCGA